UGAAAUAUACGAAAAGGUUCCGUUCUUUCAAACGAUGCUGAACAUGUAGGGAUGUAUAAAUACGUAUCACGAAACCGGACCAAAGAUGCGACACACGCAUCGAUCUAGUCACUCUUCAAGCUCACCCUCUCCAGCUUACCAUGUUGUCGCAGGACCAGCAGGAUGCAACAACCGUGUGGCUCUGGCCGACGGGCCUGUUCCCUCGCCGGGUCGUCUACUACCUCCGCGCAAAGAACAUCACCACCUCGAUGCUUCACAAGAAGAACAUACGUCUUAUCCCCAUCUUUCUUGACAAAGACGCGCCGAUGCCAGACCUCGUCCCCUACCCCGGCCUCGAAGCCCGUCCUCCCAGAACCUCAGUGCCGGCACUGCGCAUCACGUACGCCGAUGGCACGACGUUUUGGAUAAACGAAACGAACGCGAUCAUGGAGUACUUCGAGGAAGUAUUCAGCGUGGCUAAUGGUUACCCGGACUUGAGGGGCACAACGAUGCAACAACGGGCUAGGACGAGAGACAUCUUGAGCUUGCUCUCCGAUGCCAUCACCUGGAGCAGCGUCGCGCUUGUACAUUCGGAUCCCGACACGAUGUGCUGGUCGGGCUUAGCAAAGGAUGAGAUGAGUGAGAGUGCGGCAACGCAUGCGCGUGGCAAGUUCCACAUGCUUCUGUCGCGGCUGGAGGCUCGGAUACAAGGAGACAUCAUUGGUAACAAGAGCCAGUGUUUGAGCGGUGACGGCACGGACGUCACAUUAGCGGACAUUUGUCUCAUGGCUCAGGUGGAGUAUAUGCAGGAGAUGUAUGGUCUCGAUUGGGUGGCCGAACAUGGGUUAUUGAGGGUUUGGUGUGACAGGAGUAAGGGUCAGAGUUGGGUUGUCAGUAGGAGUGCCUUGGAGGAAGUUGAGAGAACGGGUGACUGGACUGGAAUGCUUGGAAUGUAAGAGCCGCGGUAUGUAGUUGCAAGAUGUCCAGUCAUUGCCGUACUGCUCUUAGUCGAAAUUGUGUUCUGUGUCGCCGUUGCGCUGUUGUUGCAUCGCUCUCCGAGUGCAAGGCC